GCUGAUUAGUUGGAUUUCGAUGAUGCCGGCACUGAUGUGAAUGUGAGCUGUCACUUUGUUUUCAUCCUGGACACAAUGCGGAAUAUUUGUCUGCAAGUAACCUGACUCUUCACACCCAAGGAUGUCCUGGCCUGCUCUGUACACUCAGUUAGUGGGGGCGAACCGUCACUCCACCAGCCUGGGCAAAAUAUGGCUGUCUGUGCUGUUUAUUUUCCGGGUUAUGGUGCUGGUUGUGGCUGCUGAGAGCGUCUGGGGUGACGAACAAUCUGACUUCACCUGCAACACACUCCAGCCGGGCUGUGAAAACGUCUGUUACGAUCAGUUCUUUCCAGUCUCUCACAUCCGUCUCUGGUGUCUUCAGCUCGUCUUCGUCUCCACACCAACUCUCCUGGUCGCCAUGUACGUCGCUUAUCGUAACCAUAAGGAUAAGAAGAGGCUCCUACAGGGUUCCAGUAGAAGUUUUCUCUCCAGUAAGGAUCAGGAUGCAGAGAUGGAGACUCUGAAGAAGCGGAGGCUUCCCAUAGCUGGCGCCCUCUGGUGGACGUACGCCUUCAGUCUGGUGUUCAGGCUGCUGUUUGAAGGAGGCUUCAUGUAUGCCUUGUAUGUGGUGUAUGACGGAUUCCAGAUGCCACGGCUGGUGCAGUGUGACCAGUGGCCGUGUCCUAACCUGGUGGACUGUUUCAUCUCACGUCCCACAGAGAAAACCAUCUUCACUGUUUUCAUGGCCACUGCGUCCUCCAUCUGCAUGGUCCUUAACAUGGCCGAACUUGCUUAUCUAAUCGCCAAGGCUGUCACUAGAGCCCUCUGUGGUCAGAGCGAGAGGAAAACAUCCAGCAAAGCCAGCAGAGAGAGAAUGCAGAAUAAAACAAACCAGAAGUUGCUUGUCUCAAACUGAGGAAGAAAAGACAUUCAAAGACACUUUAAAGCUACGUUAAUAAAAA